CGUCAUUUUGCAACUUCUUACUCGUGAAAGCAUUCGGAAUGAAAGCCUUUCGCUGCGCCAGCACUUCCCAAAAUCUACUUCAAUCAACAAUUCUUAGACAAUUAUUUAACCAACGAUUAAUACAUAAACAUGCUUCAUCAACCCCAUUAUCAUCUUCGUGUUCAUCUGAUCAAUCCUGUAGUAGCAUACAAAAGCUGUUUCACAAGGAUUGGUUAUCCCCAAAUGAAGUUGCUAAAAUCUUCACUACAUUAGAGCCCAAUUCAGUUCUUCCUAUAUUUGAUCACAUAUCCAAGCGCAAAGAUUAUAAACCCAAUGAAUCCCUUUUUACUGUGAUCGUCGCCAAGCUCGGCGAAGCGAAAAACUUUGCUGCCAUUGAUGAUAUUCUGAAGAUGAUCAAAACCCAGAAAAAUUGCCACAUUUCUGAUGAGUUUUUCUACAAUGUAAUCAAGGUUUAUGGUAAUUUGGGUGGUUUGAAUAAAAGGGUAAUCGAAACCCUUUACGAUAUGCCUGAGUAUAAUUGUUGGCCUUCGACGAAAACCUUCAACUUUGUGCUGAAUUAUCUUGUAUGUUCGAAGCAGUUUGAUAUGAUAUACGAGGUUUUUCUGGGUGCUACUAAGCUUGGGGUUGAGAUUGAUGCUUGUACGCUUAAUAUUUUGAUUAAAGGGUUGUGUAAAUGUGGGCGGUUGGAGGAUGCAUACCAAGUGCUCGACGAAUUUCCUAAACAAAAGUGUAAACCAAAUAAGAUGACUUUUUCCACUAUAAUGCAUUGUAUGUGUGAAAAGGGUAUGGUGGAUGAGGCAUUUGGGUUGAUUAAGAGGAUGGAAAAGGAAAGGGUUUCGCCGGAUGCGGUCACAUUUAACAUUUUGGUAUCAGGAUUGCAAAAACAAGGGAGGAUUGAGGAAUCAAUGGAGUUAUUAGAUAGAAUGAGGCUCAUGGGUUGUGAACCUAAUAAAGGAACUUAUCAAGAGGUUUUGUAUGGAUUGCUGAAAUCAAAGAGAUAUGUUGUUGCCAAAAAGUUUGUACAUAUGAUGAGGUAUAAGGCCUUGAUUCCAAGCUUUUUGUCUUACAAGUUGUUGGUGUUGGGACUAUGUGAAGAGAAUAUGCUAAGAGAUGUUGAUUGGGUCUUGAAGAGUAUGGUUUCAGUAGGGUUCGUACCGAGGAUGGGGAUGUGGAGAAGUGUUGUUAAGAAGAAUUUUCCUAAUGCUCCUGAAGUUUCUCUUAAUGAAAUUUUAGAGGAUUAGCAAUUUGAUUGUGUCCUAAAGAUUAUCGCUGCAGUGGUUUGGUCUAUAAAAUUGUCAAACUUAAAACACGAAACUCAGUGGUCUAAUGCAAAAGAACAAAAAUACCCAAAGAGGUUGGGAAUACAACUGUUCCAAGGUACAUUUCUUGCAUAUACCUAGGUGGCUGGGUGUACUUUCUACUGUUGUUUGGAUGGUGGAUGUAUUGACUAUGUUCAAUGUUGGGUACAUGAGACGUCUAAAAAAUUGUCGUAUGAAAAAUUAUGUACCAUCCAUUUUGGGAAUGUUUUUCAUUAUGUUAUGCUAUCAUGUACUCCCUC